AAUGUAUCCCUCCGAUUCUGAAAGUAUUACACACGGCUUAAAGGAAAUGGUACUGAGGUUUCAUUUAUAAUCUGUGUAGUGUGUUCAACUGUGAUUUUCGGAGUGGUAGGGGAAUGGUAUCAUGGCGUAUAUUGGUGGUAGGAAUUUGUUGAUAAUACAUAAACAAAUAGAGCUUUUAAAAUUUAUUCAGCCUGUUCCUACAGUUUAUUCUAGGUUCUCAUCCGGUGAUACCUCACGACAUUCUUUGCAACCUUUAGAGAAGGAAACCCAUACUGGACAAAAAUGGGACAAAAAUGAUUAUCGUCUGGUACGCUUUGUUGAAAGACCGAAGCAAGUAAACACUAAUUUUGCCAUCAAGCUAAUAGAUGAAGUACCUCCAGCUCCUAGGACAGAAAGGGUAGUCUGGUGUGAUGGAGGUGGUGGCCCAACCGGACAUCCUAAAGUCUAUAUAAAUCUGGACAAACCAGGCAAUCAUGUGUGUGGCUAUUGUGGACUACGUUUUGUAAAGGAAGAUUUUCAUUAAAUUUGGAGCUUCAAGAGUAGAUAUUCUGCUCAUAGCUUAAUGUGUUGCUAAUUACAAACAAGCUAUAUAAAGGUGCUGGUGAGGAGUUAGAUAUUUAAAAGUCAUGUUGUAUGUAUGAGUACAGUGAAUAAUAAAAUGCAAGUUUAGAA